CUUCAAGCCUAAAACAGAAGAUUGAAAAUUAAAUUCAAAUCACAUGAUGAAGCUUUUCACAUUUGUUAAAUCUUUUUAUUUCUGUUCUUUUCUAGUUUUGUAUCAUCCAUUUGCUGUGACAGCUACAAUCAAACCUCUUUAUAAGAACUAUUCAUUUCCUGCUGUUAUUGCAUUCGGUGAUUCAAUCGUAGAUACUGGUAAUAACAACUAUAUUGCAACGAUAGUUAAGUCGAAUUUCAAACCGUACGGGAAGGAUUUUAUUGGAGGAAAACCGACAGGAAGGUUUUGCAAUGGAAGAAUCCCUUCUGAUUAUUUCCUUGAAUACGUUGGUAUUAAGGAGGCUAUGCCAGCUUAUCUUGAUCCAAAUUUGAGUACUGAAGACCUCUUAACAGGAGUGUGUUUUGCAUCAUCUGGUGCAGGAUAUGAUCCUCUUACAAUUGAACUAGCAUCAGUGUUGUCAGCAGAAGAUCAACUAGAUAUGUUCAAAGAGUAUAUUGGAAAAUUGAAGGUAGCUGUGGGAGAAAAUAGGACAGCUGAGAUUAUUGCAAAUAGCAUAAUUAUAAUAAGCAUGGGAACCAAUGAUAUUGCAGGAACAUAUUAUUUGUCACCCUUCAGAAAGCAUCAGUAUGAUAUUGAGAAGUAUACAACUAUGAUUAUUAGUUCAAAUUCAAAAUUUGUUGAGGAUCUUUAUGAAUUGGGAGCAAGAAGGAUUGGAGUGUUCAGUUUAUCACCAGUUGGAUGUGUGCCACUUCAAAGAACUAUAAAAGGAGGCAUAGGAAGGGAUUGUGUAGAAAAUAUAAAUGAUGGAGCAUUGAUUUUCAACUCCAAGCUUGCCACUUCACUUAUAGAUCUAUCAAAAAAACUUCCAGAUUCCAGGGUUGUCUACCUUGAAAAUUUUAGUCUAUUGUAUGACAUUAUCAUAAACCACAAUAAAUAUGGAUUUGAAAAUGGGGAUGGUUCAUGCUGUGGCAUUGCAAAUAUAGAACUUGGUCCUCUUUGUAGUUCUUUCACCUUAAGAGUGUGUCCAGAUACCACUAAAUAUGUGUUCUGGGACAGUUAUCAUCCCACAGAGAAAGCUUACAAAAUACUUGUCACAGAAAUCUUAAAUAAAAAGAUUGAUGAGUUUGUUUGAAAAUAUUUUCGUUUUUAGAUUAGGACUUAGUUACCCUCCAGUGAAUCUAAUUCUGAAAUGGAAAUAUACCAUUUAAUGUAUUUUAUCAGUUCGUGGAUUAAAGGUAUAACAAAU